UUCAUAGCAAGGUGGCCCUCUAUCUAUAUUUCUAGUUUUGUGACCUUUCUUUUCAUCCACAACCUUCUCUCUUUCUUUUUCUCUAUCAAACACAGUUCUGUUUUGGUGAAUUCAUUCUCUAUUUCUCAACCAAAACUUUGAGGCCUUCAAAUAACCCUUUUUCUUCUUGAAUUGAUGUCUGGUUUGUACAAUCAGAUUUCCUCACCAGGAACAGCAAGGGCCAAUUCACCAAGUAUAAACAUGAGAAGCAAUUUUGAUGUUGAUAGUCAUUACUUAACUGAGUUGGUAGCAGAAUAUCAGAAGCUUGGACCUUUCAUGCAAGUUUUACCAUUAUGUACAAGACUCUUAAAUCAAGAGAUUUUAAAGGUGUCUGGAAAGAAUGGAUUGAUGCAGAGCCAAGGGUUUAGUGACUAUGACAGAGUGCAGUUUGGAAAUGCCGUCAAGCCUAAUCUUAUGCCUUCUUUGGAUACAGCUCAAAAUUUCACUGGCUGGAACAGCUUGUCACAUGAAGGAUUAGCCGGAGUACAAGGACUAAAUGCGGAUUGGCAAAGAGCACAAGCAGUCUCGAAUUCUCACAUUAUCAAGAAAAUUUUGCGCUUGGAUAUUCCUUAUGAUAACCAUCCAAAUUUCAACUUUGUUGGGAGGCUUCUUGGUCCGAGGGGUAAUUCACUCAAGCGAGUCGAAGCUACUACAGGUUGCCGCGUGUUUAUCAGAGGGAAAGGUUCAAUUAAAGACUUUGAUAAGGAAGAGUUGUUGAGGGGAAGACCAGGAUUUGAGCACUUGAAUGAACCAUUGCACAUUUUGAUUGAAGCUGAACUACCUGUCAAUGUUGUUGAUAUAAGGUUAAGACAAGCACGAGAAAUCAUAGAAGAACUUCUCAAACCUGUGGAUGAGUCACAGGAUAUUUACAAGAGACAACAACUUAGAGAACUUGCAAUGCUGAAUUCAAGUUUUAGAGAAGAGAGUCCUCAACUAAGUGGUAGUGUCUCUCCAUUCACCUCAAAUGAAAUGAUAAAAAGAGCCAAAACUGAUCUAUAGUCUUUUUCUACAUUGUGAAAUUGUUGCAUUUGAAGUUACUUCAUGUAUGUAAAUGAUGUGUAGAUGCAAUGAAAAGACAUUGUUGUUAUGAUGACAAGUUAGAGAACAAAAUGAUGAGAGAAAAAAAGAAGAAAGGGUUGAUAGUUUAUAUAGGUAAGUGUUUAUUGUCACAUUCAACUGUAUUGUAUUGGUAGAAUUGUAAAAUUAGCACAAUUAUUAUUUUUAUUA